GUCCUGAUGUUGAGGGGUUGGGCUCAAAAGCGAGCUGAUGCUUUACACUGCAUCACUUGAAGAAGAGCAGAAUAAUCAGACUUACUCAGGAGGCUGCUUCUGCUUCGAGGUCAGUUUUAUGUUUUUUUUCCCCACCCUUUGGACAGACAAUCACAUCGUCUCAUUACAGCUGCGUUAUUAUAUAUUUAUAUGUAAGCCGGCCAGAUGAGCAGAGCUGCUGUAAGAGGAUUUAAUGCAGCUGGACACGAGCCACGCAGACUAAAGGAGCAGAUUAUAUUGUUUUAAUCACAUGCAAAGAAGUUUUUCUUGCUGCUCACUUUGAGUUUGCUCUGUCGAGGAACACUCUCUGAUCUACUCUGAUUAAGGAUGCUCACUUUACAAAGAUGCACCAGAUCAACUCUACAGUAGAACGGCUUAUUGGCACAUGACUCUGCCACGAGGGGACUUGAUCUUCACCAACUAAAAAUCUGGACUCAUAAAAUAGUCAAAGAUGCGCCAGUGUUUCUCUGCCCUGCUUAUGCUCUGCUUACACAUGGUGACAUGUGGAGCAGAGCUCCGAGCAGCUGUGUCUCCUCUGGGUUGGACUGAGAGUGAUAAGGAGGAAAUAGAGUCCCCUCACGACUCUCAUUCAGGGAUUCGCAAAUCCCUGCGGCUUUUCUCCCACCCAUCCCAAUCUAACGGCCAGUCCCGUGAAGCCGCUCCUGACUCUGGUGCAAUGGAUGUGUGGGCAUGGUUAUCCAACCACAGCGACACCGAGGGAACCCUCUCAAGAGCCAAACGUCGUCCCUACGUGAAAACAGGCAAGUUUAAGAAGAUGUUCGGUUGGGGCGACUUCCAUUCCAAUAUCAAAACGGUAAAGCUAAACCUACUCAUCACUGGGAAAAUUGUCGACCACGGUAACGGAACCUUCAGCGUCUAUUUCCGCCACAAUUCCACGGGUCUGGGCAAUGUGUCCGUCAGCUUGGUCCCGCCCUCCAAGGCUGUCGAUUUUGAGAUCACACAACAGGAAACGAUUGACGUACCCAAAGACAGUAAGGCCUUCAACUGUCAUGUGGAGUAUGAGAAGACGGACCGCAGUAAGAGGACGUCAGUUUGCAGUGACUUCCCGAACAGGAUUUGCCUCCAGGAACAGACCCAGAGCCACGUGUCCUGGCUUUGCUCCAAGCCCUUUAAAGUCAUCUGCAUCUACAUUGACUUCUACAAUGCAGACUACAAGUUGGUACAGAAGGUCUGCCCAGACUACAACUACCACAGUGACACUCCCUACAGCUCUGUGGGAUAGCUCUGCCUAGGUUGUUGAAGUGUCGUCUCCUUGUUUCAGCCUCUUGCGAAGAACCGGAUGAAUGGAAACCAGGUCAGAUGAGGAACCACCCUUUUGAUUCUACACGUCUCGUCCUUCUCUUGAGCCAACCGUUAAAGGAAAGACUCAUGCAUCUUCAGUUUCCACAGUGACCCUGACACUUUCUCAGCUACCCUUGUGAAGCUAUCAGGGCAAAGUUUCAAAAGAAUCAAAUUUCCCAAUCCACGUAGCCUGGCAUUCAAGAACAGAACAACAAAUUUAAAAUAUCUUGUAUUGCGGUCAGUCAUUUGUGAUGCCUUCCUGUUUUGUGUUCAGAGAAACACAAACGGUGCUUCUCGUUUCUCAAAUUGUGCAUCCUCAAUCCCUCACUCUUCUGGCCUUGCAACUGUGACCCGGAAAUCAAAGUCUGCCAUCAUGAAGGAUAUACCAAUUUUCUAAAUGCACCACGAGGACGGAAUAAGCUUACAGAGGAUGCUUGAGCGAGGAAGCCAAGGAGCAUCCUAUGUGGAAGAGUUUUUAGACACAUGCAUAAGUUCUCCUCCCCCCUCACAUCUGACCCAACAGUUUUAAUUCAUGUUAUACCUUUGCAGUUUAAAUAAACCAGCAAAGAGUGCAUCAUGGAUUAUUAGGAUUUAUCAUGAAAAUAUAAAUUAAUUUUAGUUUCAACAUAACAGCAAGUGCUCAGAGGUAAUAGAGCUGCACAGAGAAGACGUAAUUCCGUCCUAGUUUCCAAAGAGGGAACAGUUAAGCGAGGAAAGGAUAAAAGGAUGCACAAUUUCAAUGAGAAGCACCCACUGUUUUUUUUGUACUUUGUUUCAGUUUUAAAGAAAAACAACAUUUUGAAGUACAAUUUUCAGAAAACUCCCUGGUGUAUUCUUCCUUCAGUCGAAACUAUGUUUGCAACCCAUUAUGUCAGUCAAACAGGAUAUUUAACUAGAAAAAAAAAAAAAAAGAAAAGAGAGGAUGGGACUUGAUUUUAUCCUUUGGGAAUUGUUUGGAUUGUGAAAAGUGGGCAUUCCAUACAAGAAUGGCUGGGAGUUGGUCUCUACAUGACAGGUGGUUGAAUAAAUACGGCUGUCUACACGGCAACACCGUCUAAGUUGAUGUGACUCAAGUGUAGCGAGAGUUACUAAGGUUAGGUUUAGGGUUUCUGUACAACUCCAAAUAAGGCGGCCCUGGUAGCUCAGCAAGUAAAGACGCUGAUACCACAACUGGAGUCGCUAGUUCGAAUCCAGGGCAUGCUGAGUGACUCCGUCCAGGUCUCCCAAGCAACCAAAUUGGCCCCGGUUGCUAGGGAGGGUUGAGCCACAUAGGGUAACUUCCUCGUGGUCACUAUAAUGUGGUUCUCACUCUCGGUGGGGCGUGUGGUGAGUUGUGCAUGGAUGCCGCGUAGAAUAGCGUGAGCCUCCACACGCGCUACAUCUCCACGGUAACGCGCUCAACAAGCCACGUGAUAAGAUGCGCGGAUUGACGGUCUCAGACGUGGAGACAACUGAGAUUCGUUCUCUGCCACCUGGAUUGAAGCGAGUCACUACGCCACCACGAGGACUUAGAGCGCAUUGGGAAUUGGGCAUUCCAAAUUGGGGAGAAAAAAAAAAAAAAAGACUCCAAAUAAGCAGUGUAUGAACGUCACGAGGCUCUCGUGAUACUUUAGGUAACUGGGUGGUUACCUUCAAGCCAUGAAGAAAAAAAAAAAAAAUGAGGGCUGAAAAUGAAAGUUGAGUCAGAGGUGAAGCAAGUUAUUGCAUUUAAAGAUUGUUUCUGGAUGCAGAGAUUUUUGUACAGAUGCUACAGUGUAAAACCAGACGAAGCUUGAAAAGUCUAAUCUCUGCCACAAAAGCACCAAUAUCCCUCUGGCACUACCAGUGUUUGUUGAAACUGGAAACUGAAAGGCAUUUUAACCUCUGUUGCUUCUUUAGAACGAAGUCAUGGACGACACAGUUUCACAUAAACAGAAAAACUUUAGUCUCUUUACUCAAAAAAGUUUUAAUGAUAUGCACCGACCUUGAUCUCUUAAUGAACACGUAAUGUUAGUGUGAGUCUGUGUAAUCUUAUGACUUGAUUUUUAACACGUCUUUUCAGGAUUUGCAGCACGCUGGCUUUGAUCUCAGCUUAAGUCGUCUCCAGAUGUUUCAAGACUGAAAGUGAAGAUUUUUAGUUUAUUCAGAUGACUCUUGAAGUCGUGCACCAAAGCGACAGAAUAUGGAGAGUUUCCAACAACAUAUUUGUGUCGUUUUAGUGAUGCAUAUUAAAGGAACAUUCUGAGUUGAAUUCAAGUUGAGCUCAAAUUGACAGCAUUUGUGUCAUAAUGUUGAUUACCACAGAAAAAUAAUUUUGUGUUACAGUGAGACACUUACAAUGGAAGUGAAUGGGGCGAACU